CUGUUGGAUCGGAAGUUACAACAUUUUGAUCGAAAGCAACGGCGGGAGCUCGCUCGCUGUGAAGGAUUUAGUAAAUCCGGGAUUUAUGCCAAAAAGAGAGAAAAGGUGGAUUUAUUCUGCCGUGAUCUAAACCUAAAAAUUUGACGGAAGUCGUUCCUUCCUCGUCUCUCUUCGUUUCUUCUGCUGGCUCAAGCAAUUUUGGGGUGAUCUAACCCUAGGGUCUUCCGAGCUUCCUUUGGUGCCUCUACACGCCUUUUGCUCAGGUUCUUCUCAACUUUUGAGGGCCUCUGACCUUCAACACUUGGUAUCGUUGGUCCGCUCUCAAUGGAGCUGCCGCUCCCUGCUUCGGAUCAUUUUCAUGGGAUUCAGAAUACUGUUGAUUGAGCUUCUUGCUCAGAGCUGAAGGCUUCGCAGUCGUUUAACAGCUAGGAAGGCAUAGCUGAAACUGUUGAAGCAGCGGAUGAACCUUUAUUAAAUACACAGUGGACACGAGAAACCAGGAGUUAUAGUGAUGUUCUCCUUGUUUUAUGGACUAUGGAAGUACAUGUUCAGCAAGAUAGAAUUUCAUGUUCUUAUACUCGGUGUUCAUAAGGCUGGAAAAACAUCUUUGCUAGAAAAACUGAAGUCUAUAUACUUAAAUUCGGAAGGGCUUCCACCUGAUCGGAUUGUCCCCACAGUUGGGCUUAAUAUUGGUCGUGUUGAAGCUUCAAAUGCCAAACUUGUAUUUUGGGACUUAGGAGGUCAGGACUUGGAACUUUGCAACAGCAGUGUUAUGAAUAAAAAAAAUGAUAAAAAGAUUGGUUUGCGUACAAUAUGGGAGAAAUAUUAUGAGGAGGCACAUGCUGUAGUCUUUGUAAUAGAUGCUUCUUGCCCUUCGUCAUUUGAGGAUUCUAAGUCUGCUUUAGAAAAAGUUCUUAGAAACGAUGACUUGCGAGGGGCACCACUCUUGAUACUUGCAAAUAAGCAGGAUCUUCCUGAAGCUGUGUCAUCUGAAGAGCUAGCUAGAUACCUUGAUCUCAAGGAGUUGGGUGAAAGGCUCUACCUGUUUGAAGCUGUUUCAGCCUAUGAUGGGAUGGGCAUUAAAUAUGCUAUUGAAUGGUUGGUGGAUGCGAUGGAAAGAAGCAAGCGCACCGAGACUUUAAGACUACGAGCCCGAGCUGGUGAAGCUGGUAACAUUUAAUGGUAAAUCUUGCUAUUCAAAUACGUUAUUCAUUCAAGAAAAUAGGCAUUGUUUUCGGAUGAAGCAAAUCUUCUAUUCCUUGCCAUAUUCACCUGUGUUCUUUGUCAAUUCCUUGCCAUCUUUAUUAAGCUACCCCAGUUAGCUUUAAGUGUGUAUUAUGUUGUCUGAUUAAUCCAAGUUGGUAACAUGUCUAUUUCAUAGAAUUACAUUGCAACCAUUGAUCAUUAUGAGUGCCAAUCAUCUUCGAUUGUUGAUUGUUCUUA